AUGUCUGUGCAAGGGACCUCAAGGGAGUGGCUGGACACCAACCUGACGGGGCCCCGGUGCCUAGAGGUGUCGGUUCCCGACGGGCUCUUCCUCAGCCUGGGGCUGGUGAGCCUGGUGGAAAACGUGCUGGUGGUGGCCGCCAUCGCCAAGAACCGGGCCCUGCACUCGCCCAUGUACUUCUUCAUCUGCUGCCUGGCCGUGUCCGAUCUUCUGGUGAGUGGCAGCCGCGUUCUGGAGACAGCUGUGCUGCUGCUGUUGGAAGCCAGUGCCCUGGCCCCCCAGGCCACAGCCCUGCAGCAGCUGGACGCUGCCACUGACGCGCUGCUCUGUAGCUCCAUGGUGUCCAGCCUGUCCUUCCUGGGGGCCAUCGCUGUGGACCGCUACAUCUCCAUCUUCUACGCACUGCGGUACCACAGCAUCGUGACUCUGCCUCGGGCAUGGUGGGCCAUGGCGGCCAUCUGGGCGGCCAGUGUCCUCUCCGGCACCCUCUCCGUGGCCUUCUACAACCACACGGCCGUUCUGCUUGGCCUCAUCAGCUUCUUUGUGGCCAUGCUGGCGCUUAUGGCGGUGCUCUACCUGCACAUGCUCGCCCGGGCCUGCCAGCACACCCGGGGCACCCCCCGGCCCCACAAGGCACGGCACCCCACCCGCCACGGCUUCUGCCUCAAGGGCGCGGCCACCCUCACCAUGCUGCUGGGCACCUUCUUCCUCUGCUGGGGCCCCUUCUUCCUGCACCUCUCCCUCAUCGUGCUCUGCCCUCAGCACCCCGCCUGCAGCUGCGUCUUCAAGAACUUCCCUCUCUCCCUGACCCUCAUCAUCUGCAACUCCAUUGUUGACCCCCUCAUCUACGCCUUCCGCAGCCAGGAGCUCCGGAGGACCCUGCGGGAGGAGCUGCUCUGCUCCUGGUGAGGGGGGCUAGCAAGAACGGCGAGCU